GGCAUGGAAGCAUGUUACUCAUCACCAAUUGCCCUUUUCAUUUCAAAGUUAAAUAAGCUUAAAGAAGAAUGAAAGGCUUUUGGAACAUAACGAGUACCAUUUCUCUUACUCUUUCUAUACUUUUCUUACUCGGCUACAGUUAUGAGGACGUGUCUGCGGUUCCCACUAGGCACUUGUGUCGUCCGGAACAAAGGGAUGCACUUCUCCAAUUCAAGACCGAGUUCGAGGUUCUAAACUCUUCCUUUUCUUCUUAUAAUUCUCAUGGGAAGACGGACUCAUGGGCGAAUAACAGCGACUGCUGUAAUUGGGAGGGUAUCACGUGCGAUGCCAAAUCCGGUGAAGUGAUCGAGCUAGACCUUAGUUGCAGCAACCUACUUGGCGAGUUUCAUUCCAAUAGCAGUCUUCAAAACCUUCAUUCUCUAAACACUCUAAACCUUUCACGUAAUGAUUUCAAUGGUCAAAUCAUGUCUUCAAUUGGAAACCUUUCUCAUAUCACCUCUCUCGACCUUUCGCGAAAUGGUUUCAGCGAGUUCAUUCCUUCUUCGAUAGUAGACCUUUCUCAUCUCUCCUUCCUCGAUCUUUCAUUUAAUAGUUUUUUGGGUCAGAUUCCAUCUUCGAUUGGAAACCUUUCUCAUCUCACCUAUCUUAACCUUGGUUUGAAUCAAAUUUCGGGCAAGAUUCCAUCUUCUAUUGGAAAUCUUUAUAACCUCGCUUAUCUUAACCUUUCUUGGAACAAUAUUGUUGGAGAAAUCCCAUCUUCUUUUGGCAAUCUAAACCAUCUGACCAGCUUAAAUGUUGGUCUCAAUAGGCUCAAUGGAAGCUUUCCCAUUGCACUACUGAAUUUGACAAAGUUGUCAUAUUUAGGACUCUAUCACAAUCAGUUCACAGGAACAAUUCCUCAUAACAUCACUUCACUAUCCAAAUUGAUCAUUUUCAGUGCAAGUAACAACGCUUUCACUGGGACCCUGCCUUCUUCUCUCUUCACCCUUCCUUCUAUGGAACGUGUUAUAUUGUCUGAUAACCAACUCAACGGUAUUCUUGAGCUUGGGAAUAUAUCUUCACCACCUAAGCUACUACUGUUAGAAGUUGGCAAUAACAACUUGAGAGGGCCAAUCCCAGUCACGAUAUCAAAAUUUACACACCUUGUCCGACUUAGCCUUUCCCACUACAAUACACAAGGUCCGAUUGAUUUUAGUAUCUUCUCGCAUCUCAAGUGGCUGGAAGUUCUUGACCUAUCCUAUUUGAACACGACCACUACCAUUGACUUGAAUGAUAUCUUGUCAUAUUUUAAGAGGCUCCGUUGGUUGGUUCUCUCAGGCAACCUUGUUUCAUUCACAAACAAGAGUCCAGUUUCAGAUCCAUAUUUGUUUUCUGAGUUGCAAUUGUCAGGCUGUGGUAUCACCGAGUUUCCAGAGUUUGUAAGAAACCAAAAUAUGUCAUUUUUUCUAGACAUUUCCAAUAAUAAAAUCAAAGGACAAGUGCCCGGCUGGUUGUGGUCGACGCUACCAUAUCUGUAUUACCUGGAUCUUUCCAACAACAAUUUCACUGGCUUCGAAAAACCAACAACAGUUUUAGUUUCAAGGCUAUCUGGCCUAAACUUGCUUGCCUCCAACAACAAUUUUACGGGAAAUAUUCCCUCUUUCAUAUGUGAUUUGCGCAAUGUAGACACUCUUGAUUUAUCAAACAACAACUUCAGUGGUUUAAUCCCUAGUUGUCUGGGAAAUCUCAAGCCUUCUCUUUUAUAUCUAAACCUUGGUCAAAAUCGUCUUCAAGGAGGUAUUCCGGAGACUAUAUUUGAAAGCUUAAGAACGCUUGACGUUGGUCAUAACAAACUGACAGGGAAGCUUCCAAAAUCUUUGAUCAAUUCCUCUUUUCUUGAAGUUCUGAACGUGGAAAGCAACAUUAUCAAUGAUACGUUUCCAUUUUGGUUGAGUUUUCUACCAGAGUUAAAAAUUCUUGUGUUACGCUUUAAUGCCUUCCAUGGACCGAUACAUCAAACUUCGUUCCCUGAGUUGCAAAUCAUCGACAUAUCACACAAUCACUUCAAUGGAGCUUUGCCAUCAGACUUCUUUGUGAAGUGGAGUGCUAUGUCAUCACUUGGGACUGUUUAUUAUGAUCAGCUGGAUGACAAGUACAUGGGAGGUUUCUAUUACCAUGAUUCAAUGGUGUUCAUGAAUAAAGGUAUAGAGAUGGAGCUAGUACGUAUCCUAAAGAUCUACACAGCACUCGACUUUUCAGGAAACAAAUUUGAAGGAGAGAUCCCAAGCUCCAUCGGUCUAUUAAAAGAGCUUCAUGUGCUCAACUUGUCUAACAAUGCUUUCUCUGGCCACAUCCCUUCAUCUAUGGGGAACCUGACGGCUCUUGAGUCACUAGACGUUUCCCAAAACCAGCUUUCAGGAGAA